AUGGCGGUGACCCCUUUUCCUCACCCGAGUCACGGUUCCCCCCUCAAAAUGUUCCUCUUGGAGGCCACCACUCCAGGCCCCUGGCCGGCCCACCCGUGCCGGGCCCCCCGCUGCCCGGGGGCCUAUUCUGCCCCGCCGAUACUUACUCUUCAACCUUACCCAAGCCUUCCCUCUGAUGCCAAUGUGGCUGGGGACCCCGUUUAUGAUAUUUUCUACCCGAGCAAGAAUCCCUGGGCCAUUGCCCGGGGGUCUGUAUGUAUGAGCACAGUCCUUCCUCAGGGACACGUGCCCAUGGCUCCCCUGUUGCAACUCCUCGCCUGUAACGAGGAGGUGUGUCUUUACCCCCAUGGAUUUUGUGGCAUCCCUUGCUGCAAAGCCGGCGCCUGCUUUGUGGCUCAAGGGAUCCUUUCCGUGAAUCCUGUCCCUACACACUCCUCAGACCACGAGAUCCAGACAAUGCCCGGGUUAUUAGGCAGUAUGGCCCCUCCUGAAUGGGAAGAGGACUUGCUAAUUCAAAAGCCUUCUCCAGGGCAAGGAAUGCUACCACAGAUGUGCCUGUUUCUUAUUGGGCUGAAGAGUGUGGCUAUGCUGUGCACUGUGCUCAUGCCCCUGGUGUACCCACGGGAGGUGUUUCUAACAGUCAACCACCUCCACACGGUUCCCUCAGAUGAGAGAAUCGGAAAGCAUUUCCUGGUCGAUACCAGCACCUUCCUCUCCAUUUUUCCAGCUAUGCAGUCCGACAGACGAGCAGCCAAUAACGACCUGCAGAGGCUUGUCGCCGCCAAUCAACUCCUACAGUUCCAGAGACAUCGCCACAAAAAAGAAAGGUACCGAAUCCACACCCAGGAAAGAACUGCCCAUGGAGUACUUACACUUUUGUUUUUCCGGACGGAGGAGGUGGUCGAGCUAGUUGAAAGCAUCCUUCAUGUUGCAAGCUUGAUAAAAACGACAUCCGCCGGUGUCCACCAGAUGUCAGGGUUGUUUUGUAGACAUCCCAUCGCUGUUACUUAUCUGUCAGGGAAUCAAGCCACGAAGAUCAGAUCAAGAGGCAGGGACUGGGAUAGUUGUGAUGACAACAAGGAACAGAAUCAAGCCACGAAGACUAAAUCAAGAGACAGGGACUGGGAUAGUUGUGAUGACGACAAGGAACAGAAUCAAGCCACGAAGACUAAAUCAAAGAGCAGGGACUGGGAUAGUAGUGAUGACGACAAGGAACAGAAUCAAGCCACGAAGACUAAAUCAAAGAGCAGGGACUGGGAUAGUAGUGAUGACGACAAGGAACAGAAUCAAGCCACGAAGAUCAGAUCAAGAGGCAGGGACUGGGAUAGUUGUGAUGACGACAAGGAACAGAAUCAAGCCACGAAGACUAAAUCAAAGAGCAGGGACUGGGAUAGUUGUGAUGACAACAAGGAACAGAAUCAAGCCACGAAGACUAAAUCAAAGAGCAGGGACUGGGAUAGUAGUGAUGACAACAAGAAACAAAAUCAAGCCACGAAGACUAAAUCAAGAGACAGGGACUGGGAUAGUUGUGAUGACAACAAGGAACAGAAUCAAGCCACGAAGAUAAGAUCAAGAGACAGGGACUGGGAUAGUUGUGAUGACGACAAGGAACAGAAUCAAGCCACGAAGAUGAGAUCAAGAGACAGGGACUGGGAUAGUUGUGAUGACGACAAGGAACAGAAUCAAGCCACGAAGACUAAAUCAAAGAGCAGGGACUGGGAUAGUUGUGAUGACGACAAGGAACAGAAUCAAGCCACGAAGAUAAGAUCAAGAGACAGGGACUGGGAUAGUUGUGAUGACGACAAGGAACAGAAUCAAGCCACGAAGAUCAGAUCAAGAGGCAGGGACUGGGAUAGUUGUGAUGACGACAAGGAACAGAAUCAAGCCACGAAGAUCAGAUCAAGAGGCAGGGACUGGGAUAGUUGUGAUGACGACAAGGAACAGAAUCAAGCCACGAAGAUUAGAUCAAGAGGCAGGGACUGGGAUGAAGACGAGGAAGUGAAUCACACAGACAAGAAAAACGCAGGGAGGACGACGGGGGACAAAGAAAAUACUGAAUACAAGAGAGGCGAGAAGGAUGUCUCCCACGACCCAAUGGAAUGGGACAGCUGUUUACAAGAUGAUUUCGAACAAGCUCUUCUCAAGUGUGACCAGAUGAUGGAAGCAAGAAGAUUG